AUGACCGCUCGGAAGCAGCGGCGGUUCAGUACGGCCCAACAGAUCAACCCUGAUACCAUGAAGGUGAUGGACGGGCGGAUGAACUCCAUCACCACGCUGGAGGACGGGAUUGGCAGUCCGUACAGAAAGAACUCCAUUCCUCACAAACUGACCUCUACCUUCGGCCAGCUAGCCCUAUUCAAGGAUGAGGAGGAGGAAGAGCACGAGACUGGAGGGCAGAGCUUCAUCAGCGGAUUCACAACACCCGGGCCCAAAGAGAGAGCCACCAGUGCCAAGAAAAAGGUAACCACCUUUUUAAUAUCAUUAAACCUUAAUGUUAGCAAAUUUAAAAAGUAAUCUUUUAGGCCAAUCUCGGUGUCAUGCUGGGUGUGUACUUACCAACCAUCCAGCACAUCCUCGGUGUCACUAUGUUCAUCCGUCUGUUUUGGGUUGUUGGAGUCGCCGGAAUCUGGUACACGUUGUUGUUGUUGACGCUCUGUUGUUUAUGUGUAAGUUGUCUCAUAAUCCGCUACAUUUAAUAACCAUUCCUCAUCCAUAAUACCUUUUACACUACAUAUUGCAAGCAAAUUUUUUUCUUCAUUAACUUAAUUCUUCUUUCAGACAUUACUUACAAGUAUAUCGUUGUCAGCUGUAGCCACAAAUGGAGUCGUAGAAUCUGGAGGAGCCUACUUUAUGAUAUCUAGAAACUUGGGAGCAGAGUUUGGAUCAGCUGUGGGGAUAUUGUUUUACCUUGCUAAUACGGUAGCUACAUCAAUGUACUUGGUGGGUGGGGUAGAAGUGCUACUGCUCUACAUUUGGCCUGGACUGACUAUUGGAGGCGAAGCAGCACAUCAAGAUACCGGUAAGUUUACGAAGCUUGAUAAAAAAAGUCAUACACGGUUCCUAUUGAUAAUUAUGGCUAUCUUCUAGGUCUAAUGGGCAUGAUGUCCCACAACUACCGUAUUUAUGGCACCAUUCUUCUCCUGAUCAUCAUGGUGAUAGUAGCAUUGGGAGUCAAGUUCGUGCAACUGUUAGCCCCCAUUUCUCUCGUGUGUGUCAUCGCCUCACUUCUAGCUUGUUACGCUGGUGGAGUUGAGAAAGCGAUCACCCAAAGCGGACAACAUGUAUGCGUGUUAGAGCCGGAAAGUGGGGCAGCCUUACAUCUGUUACAGUCCAGUAACUUGGGCAUGAAAGAACAUGACAACAUCGCUGACAUUUGUAGUCAUUGCAAAAAGUCGGACUAGUAAGUUCUUUAUAAUAGCGCGGUUAUAUUAUAAUAUUGCUCAUUCAACAUAAUUCUAACCCAACGUUCAACAUGUUUCAGUCUGGGCGAACAGUUCUGUGACAACAACAAUAGCACUGAGUCAUGUCAUAGGUACCAAUCAGGAACAUUGAAGUGUGUCAAUGGUUUCCCAGGUCUUAACAUGGAGACAAUGACCAGCAACCUCAAGGACAUGUUGAUGGACGAAGGUGAAGUCGCUCCUGGAGAGGCAGCCGACAGAAAACUAGACGUGUUCCAAGAUGUCAAAGUGACAUUCUUCGUGUUGCUAGCCAUCUACUUCCCUGCCGUCACUGGAAUCAUGACUGGGUAAUUUGCUUAUGCAACUUUAUAUAACCAUGCCUUUUAAAAUUACAUCAACUUUGUUUUAGUACGAACAUGAGCGGAGACUUGAAGGAUCCACAACAAAGCAUUCCCAGUGGCACAAUCGCGGCAACUAUCACCACAUCUCUGAUCUACAUUACCCUUGCCAUUCUGUUUGGUGGCUCUAUCAUUGGCGAUGUAUUGAGAGAUAAGAAUGGCAAAAGUAUAGAGAGUCACAUGAUUGUGGCCUCCCUUGCUUGGCCAUCACCUUGGGUUGUCAUCGUGGGAUCGUUCCUGUCAACUUUUGGCGCGGCUCUUCAAUGCUUGUGCAGUAUGUUACAGAAUGUUUUUACUAAUAUUCCAAUUUACUUUUGAAACGUUUGUUCAUUACUUCAGGUGCCCCUCGGUUGUUGCAGUCCAUUGCCAAAGACGACGUUAUCCCAAUGCUGAAGCCGUUUGCUCGUGUCACAAAGAACAACGAGCCUUUCUUGGGGUAAGCCUGUUUGCUAACGCACUGGGCUUUCCCUCAGACAAUCUCACAAAAAUAUUCUUUCAGAUUACUGAUAACAACCUUCAUCGCAGAACUGGCCAUUCUCCUCGGAGCUGUAGAUGCCAUCGCAGAGGUACUCGACUUCUUCUUCCUCAUGUGCUACGCCUUCGUUAACCUCGUUUGUGCGCUCCAUUCCUUGUUGGGAGCGCCAAACUGGAGACCUCGCUUCAAGUACUACCAUUGGUCAUUGUCGCUGACUGGUGCCUUUAUGUGCUUCUUUAUUAUGUUUGCUUCCCAAUAUGUAUAUGCCUUGAUUGCUUGUGUUUUGACAGCCAUUAUUUACAAAUACGUAGAAUGGAAAGGGUAAGUAAUCUUUUUAAUAAUUUUAUCAUAAAACCAAUAAACCAAUCAUAUGCAACAUAAUAUAAUGUCACUUUUUUAGAGCCAAGAAGGAGUGGGGAGACGGUAUGCGAGGAUUGGCUUUAUCCACGGCACAAUACUCGCUGAUGAAAGUAGAAGACAAAGACCCUCACCCGAAGAACUGGAGACCUCAACUUAUGAUUCUAGUAGAUGGAAAGUACUCAAAAGAAGUCAUCGACAUGCGAUCAGUCAACCUUCUCAACUUGGCAUCGCAAAUGAAAGCUGGAAAAGGCUUGGCCUUCACUGUCGCUUUUGUCAAUUCUAACGGAGUGCACGGAGAAGACAAGAAGAAGGCCGAAGAGAUCAAGGAACAUGUUCAGAAAGACAUGGAACAGGCCAAACUACGAGGCUUCGGCAAGGCAUUGAUCUACAAUGAAGACCAGGUAUGAUAAUAUAGAGUAACUAGUGCACUUUAAGUUACAUAUAUUAAUCACGUUUACCUCAUUUCAGAUCCAAGGAAGCGUGUCAGCGCUAUAUCAAAGUAUUGGCAUCGGUGGAUUACGACCAAACACCGUCAUCCUCAAUUUCCCCAGAAUGGGCGGACUUGAGCAUCACACUGAACAACACAUAUUCGCUGGUAAGACUUUAAAAUACACCUAACCUAAAACAAUGACCAUAAGUGAAUGUCAUUCUAAUUUUCAGAACAAUUGAUCAGAGGAGUACAACAUGAGAACUGUAUCAUUGUGUGUAAAGGAAUCACCGACUUCCCCAAGUCUACACAACGUCUAAAGGGCACGAUCGACAUCUGGUGGAUCGUGCACGAUGGAGGUAUUCUGAUGCUGAUCGCCUAUCUACUGCGACAACACAAAGUGUGGAGAGGCUGUCAACUACGGAUAUACGUUAUCACACAUGACGAUGACAGCAACGAAGAAAUGAAGACACGGCUCCAGAAAUACAUUUACAUGUUGAGAAUCGACGCUACUGUAUUUGUAAGUAACAUACGAGUCUUCUAAUUCGUUGUCCGCUUAAAGUUAAAAAACUCAAAAUUAUAAUUCAUGAACAAUAUUGAUGGUUUAGAUCGUGAACAUGAUUGGACCCGACGUCUCUGACGACGCCGUUCAGAAGACCAUCAACAUGGAGCAGAGGACAAAACUUAUCAAGAACAUGUCCAAUGGUUUCUCAAACGGCGGAUUCGUAGACGAUCGGACGCCGUCCAGACAGAGCUCUAUGAGGAUGAAUUUAGGAAACACUCACAACGACAGCUCUGGCUCUUUAAACGUGCCUGGCAAGACCAACCAAAGCGAUCUGAUUGAAACAAGCUUCAUUCAACAGACAUUCGAAGGCGACAACACAGAUACGCUACAGAGUGGAGACACUAUCAAUGUAAAGGACCUUGACGAUAGCAAAGUAAGCAAAAAAACUUAAAAUUUCAAAACUAUAAUUUUAAAAAUUUAAUAAAAUGAUAAGUAACCGCAAUUUUAGGUACAAAAAAUGAGCGCCGCCAUCAGAAUGAACCAGGUCAUGUUGGAGUACUCAAAUGAAAGUCAGCUCAUCCUCCUCUCCUUACCACGCCCACCUAAACACACACAACGACUGGUCGAAAACUACUUGGCCUACGUAGAAGCCUUAACGGAGAAGCUGCCUCGAGUAAUGUUAAUUGGAGGAUCGGGCAAAGAAGUCAUCACCAUCGACUCUUAA